AUGCGGGGGGCGAGGCGGCUGGCGGCUCUGCUGUGCCCCCUCGCCCUGCUCGUCACCGCGGCGUGGGGACUCCGCUUCCACCCCGGGCAAGAGACCUUGGUGAAGCAGCUCUCCUCGUAUGAAAUCAUCACACCUGUCCGAGUGAAUGAGUUUGGAGAAGUUUUCCCGCACACGCAUCACUUCAGAAGGAGGAAAAGGAGUUUGGAGGCGCCGCUGGAGCCCGCUGCUUUCCGGACGCAUUACCAGCUCAGAGCAUACGGGCAGGUCUUCCAGCUCAACCUGAGUGCUGAUGCAGGCUUCCUUGCUGCUCAGUACACGGUGGUGCACGUCGGCGCCCCGCGGAAGCAGCCGUCCCCUGACCUGCGCCACUGCUUCUAUCGCGGGCAUGUCAAUGCCCAGGAGACGCACAUGGCUGUCUUCAGCAUCUGCGGUGGUUUGAUGGGCACCUUCAAGGCACAUGAUGGUGAAUACAUUUUAGAACCUCUGAUGAAUGCGGAUGGAGGUGAACAUGAAGAUGAACAUAACAAACCACAUCUUAUAUACAGGCAUGGGGAACUUAAAAGAGAGUAUCAGAAAUCCCAUAAACCUUGUGAAGUUUCAGAGGAAGAGUUGAAGAGCACUUUAUUACAUCCAACCUUCAGCAGUUUAAAUGAAGAGAACAGCAUUUUACAGAAAUCUCUCAGUUUAGAGUAUGCUUUAAAUAACCUCUCCAUAGAGGAUGGUGGCAAUCCACAUUCCAGGAAAAAACGUUUUCUUUCCUAUCCAAGAUAUGUAGAAGUGAUGGUCACAGCUGACACCAAAAUGGUUCGUCACCAUGGACAGAAUUUACAGCACUAUGUACUAACAUUGAUGUCAAUAGUUGCAGCAAUCUAUAAAGAUUCAACUAUUGGAAAUCUUAUAAAUAUAGUUAUUGUCAAAUUAAUUGUAAUUCACAAUGAACAGGAAGGACCAGCUAUCACUUUUAAUGCAGCUACCACUCUUCGUAAUUUUUGCUUAUGGCAACAAGCACAAAACACUGUGGAUGAUACUCACCCUUCUCAUCAUGAUACUGCUGUUCUCAUCACUAGGGAAGAUAUCUGCAGAGCUAGAGAGAAGUGUGAUACUCUUGGUUUAGCAGAGCUAGGUACAAUGUGCGACCCUCUACGCAGUUGUUCUGUAAGUGAAGAAAAUGGACUGAGUGCUGCUUUUACUAUAGCACAUGAGCUUGGACAUGUGUUUAAUGUGCCUCAUGAUGAUAGUUUUAAAUGUAAAGAAGCUGGAAUUAAAAAUCAAUAUCAUGUGAUGGCUCCAACUUUAAAUUAUCAUACAAGUCCAUGGACCUGGUCAAAAUGCAGUCAAAAAUAUAUCACUGAAUUUCUUGAUACUGGUUAUGGUGAAUGCCUCCUAGACAAACCUAGUGGAGGAACAUAUGAUCUUUCCUCUCAGCUCCCUGGGUCAAUGUAUGAUGUCAACAAGCAGUGUGAGCUUACGUUUGGUAUUGGGUCACAAGUAUGCCCUUACCUGAAACAAUGCAAACGCUUGUGGUGCACUAGCACAGAAGGUGUUCACAAGGGUUGUCGUACUCAGCACAUGCCUUUGGCUGAUGGAACAGCUUGUGGUGUAGGAAUGCACUGCCGCCAUGGAAUUUGUGUGAGCAGAGAAAUGGAGCUGCAUCUUGUAGAUGGAGAAUGGGGACCAUGGGGACCUUAUAGCUCGUGUUCAAGAACUUGUGGAGGUGGAAUCAAGAGCACCACCAGGCUGUGUAAUCGACCAGAGCCAAGAAAUGGAGGAAAGUACUGUGUUGGUCGCAGGAUGAAAUUUCGGUCCUGUAACACUGAUUCAUGUCCAAAAGGCAGAAAAGAUUUUCGGGAGCAGCAGUGCUCUGAAUUUGAUGGCAAACACUUUAAUAUCAACGGUCUUACCUCUGCUGUUCGCUGGCUUCCAAAAUACAGUGGCAUUUCUAUGAAAGAUCGCUGUAAACUUUUUUGCCGAGUUGCUGGAACAACUUCCUACUAUCAGCUGAAGGACAGAGUUGCUGAUGGUACUCCCUGUGGAGCAGAAACCAAUGACCUUUGUGUUCAAGGCUUAUGCAGGCAAGCAGGCUGUGAUCAUGUUUUGAAUUCGAAGGCAAGGAGAGACAAAUGUGGAAUCUGUGGUGGUGAUAAUUCUUCAUGUAAGACACUUACAGGUACUUUCAACAGUGCUCAUUAUGGUUACAAUGUUGUAGUAAAUAUUCCCAAAGGAGCAACAAACAUUGAUAUUCGACAGCACAGCUACUCAGGGAAACCAGAAGAUGACAGCUACCUUGCUUUAUCAGAUACCCAUGGAAAUUUUAUCUUGAAUGGAAAUUUUGUUGUAAGCAUGUCCAAAAGAGAAAUCAAUAUAAAAGGAGCCAUUUUCGAAUACAAUGGUUCAAACAAUACAAUAGAACGAAUUAACAGCACUGAUAGAGUUGAAGAAGAACUAACCUUACAGGUUUUGUGUGUAGGGAAUUUAUACAACCCUGAUGUGCGUUAUUCAUUCAAUGUCCCAAUAGAAGAUAGAAGUGACCUGUUUGCAUGGAAUCCUUAUGGACCCUGGCAAGACUGCAGCAGGAUGUGCCAAGGUAUUCGAAGGAGAAGAAUGACAUGUAUACGUAAAAGUGAUCAUGUGGUAGUGUCUGAUCAAAGAUGUGAACUUUUACCUGCUGUGCCAAGUGUCUUUGAGGAGUGUAAUACAGAGUGUGAAUUAAGGUGGCACAGUGUUGGCAAAAGUGACUGUACAUCAAAGUGUGGCCCAGGACAUCGGUCUGUUGAGAUCCACUGCAUGAAGUACUCUGCUGCAAGAGGACUCAGUGCUCCAGUGGAUGAUAAGUACUGUGCUGAUCAACAGAAGCCACCAGCCAGAGAGCCUUGCCAUGGUGACUGUAUGUUAAGAAGUUGGCACUACACAGAAUGGUCAGAGUGUUCCAGGAGCUGUGCAAGAGGUAUCAGAACCAGAGAAGCUUUCUGUAUGAACAACUUGGGUCGUCAUCUUCCUGACAGAGAAUGCCAGGAACUUCCAAGAGUUGUAACACAGAGUUGCAAUGAAUUCUUAUGUCCAAGCUGGUCAGUUACUGACUGGAGUGAGUGUCCUGUGACAUGUGGCAAAGGAAUGAAGCAUCGUCAAGUCUGGUGUCAGCUUAAUGAUGAGCAGCUGAGAGAUGAUUUCUGUAACCCAAAUGAGAGACCUGAGUCAAUAGCACCGUGUGAACUUCAUGAAUGUGCAUCUUGGCAAGUAGGGCCUUGGGGAUCAUGUGCUGUGACGUGCGGGCGCGGGUACCGGGUGCGCGCGGUCAGGUGCGUUACUGGGACCUACCGGCUCAUUCUGAGCGACGAGCGGGAGUGCAGCGCUGCCACUCGUCCUACAGACAGCCAAGAGUGUGAAUUGCCCUCUUGUCCAGAAAAUACAAAAUUAUGGACUACUUCACUUCCUCUAGUUCAUGUGGGGAAGGUGACCCAAUGGAGAUACGGAUCAUGGACCCCAUGCUCUGCAUCCUGUGGGAAGGGUGAUCGUGCUCGCUAUGUGAGUUGUAGAGAUGCUCAUGGAGAGAUAGCAGAUGAAUCUUUGUGUGCUCAUUUACCACGACCUGCUGAAAUUUCAAGCUGCUUUAGCCCAUGUGGAGAGUGGAAAGUUGGAAAUUGGUCCCCUUGCACAGUUACGUGUGACAGUGGAAUAGUAACAAGACAAGUCAUCUGUGUCAACUAUCAUCAGCAAAUCAAUGAGAAUUACUGUGAUCCUGAAGGCCGACCUCCUAAGGAACAAGAAUGUAACAUGCCACCAUGUCCACCAGUUUAUCAUCAUGUUCCAAAAACACAUGACCAUCCAAGCCAUUUUCCAGAAAUAGGUUACCUCCCAAUACACCCUCCACAAGACAAUUCAAACCAGUGGAACCAUCCUUCUGUGGGAGGAUAUCAAUGGAGAACUGGACCAUGGGGAGCAUGCUCUAGUACUUGUGCAGGUGGAUUUCACCGCCGAGUUGUAGUAUGUCAAGAUGAGGAAGGAAGAAGUUCCAGUCACUGUGAUGAGGCAACAAAACCUUCAGAGUCAAGACACUGUGAUUCUGGACCCUGCCCACAGUGGAACUUUGGGAACUGGGGAGAAUGUACUCAGACUUGUGGAGAUGGAAUAAAGACAAGACUGGUGAUUUGUCAGCUUCCCACUGGCCAAAUGUUGGGUGAUCAAAACUGUGAAAUUCUAGACAAGCCACCUAACAUGGCACAGUGUAAUGUGCAUUCUUGCCCUGGUGAUGUUUCUUGGCAUCGGGGACCGUGGAAAUCGUGUUCUGUUUCCUGUGGAAAAGGUUUGAAGUUUCGUGAUGUGCAUUGUAUUAACAGCUUGCAAGCAAAAAUAGGAGAAGACAACUGCAAACAUUUGAAAAAACCACGAACAUACAAAAUAUGUAGAGCUGGAAGAUGUCCUUCUUGGAAGGCCAGCAGAUGGAAAGAGUGCUCAGGGUCAUCUAGAAGAAAGGAAAUAUACCGGAAAGUUAAAUGUGUGGAUGAAAACCAGCUCCAAGUGGAUGAAAGCUUCUGUGAUCCUGCCACAAAGCCUGCAUCAUCCAAAAUCUGCGGGGUAUCUCCCUCUAAAUACGUUGUGCUCACAGGAGAACUGUCACAGUGCUCAGAAAGCUGUGGGUUUGGUCACCAGCAGAGGAUCACGUACUGUGUUGGAAUCCAUUCUGUUCAAAGCCGGCACAUCCACGGCCUUCGGACCGUGGGGUACAGAGAAUGCCCAGUGGAGACAUCCCCUUACAUUUACAAAUGUAAUGUCAAAGGAUGCUCACAAGCAGCUACGUGGACAGUGGGGAAGUGGACCAAAUGCUCAGCACCUUGUGGAGUGGGGAUAAAGGAGAGAACAGUAGAAUGCAUGACUGAAAAUGGCUUAUCUAGUGACUUGUGCCUGCCACAUUUAAAACCAGAUGCCAGAAGGAUCUGCCACGAGAAAGAAUGUGAAAUUCUUACCACCUGCAAAGAUAUGCAGAUUAAAAAAGGGAUUAGAAAGGAUGGUGAAUACCUACUUAACAUUAAGGGAAGGAUGAUAAAGAUUUAUUGCUCAGGCAUGCACUUAGAGAAUCCCAAAGAAUAUUUGACAUUGGUAAAAGGUCAAGCAGAAAACUUUUCUGAAGUAUAUGGAUACAGGUUGCAGAAUCCUUAUGAAUGUCCUUUCAAUGGAAGCAGAAGGCAAGAUUGUGCCUGUCGAAAUGAUUACCUUGCAGCUGGCUUCACAAUUUUUAGCAAAAUAAGAUUUGAUGUCACUUCAAUGCAAAUUAAAACCACAGAUUUUCUUUUUGCUCAGACUUUACUUGGGAGAGCAGUACCGUUUGCUACAGCUGGAGAUUGCUACAGUGCAGCCAGAUGUCCACAGGGACAGUUCAGCAUUAACUUGGCUGGUACAGGUCUGAGAUUAUCCAGUACAGUGAGGUGGAUUGCUCAGGGCAACUAUGCAACUGCUGACAUACACAAAUCCCACGAUGGUACUAAAAUAUAUGGAAGAUGUGGAGGAUUUUGUGGAAAAUGUGUUCCUAACACAAUUAUUGGUCUCCAACUUCAAAUACAAUGA